AUGGCAAAUGCAACAGCAGACCCUUACGCCUCAACGUCUAGUCCACGGAGGAAGGCCAAUGCGCCCAAAAUUCAGGCUGCUUAUUGGGUUGGCGGGUACCAGGCGUCUGAUACGACAGUAUCGAUCACAGACUCGACGAAAAAUUAUGUGAGCGGCAUGAUCCAGCUAAAUACAACGACGGGAGAAUAUGUGGCACUGUCUGCACCAUUCACGCCAGUCCAAGAAGGUGCCCUGACGUACAUUCCCAACGCGUGGAAUUAUGUCCAAAUAUACGAUAUCGCUGGGGGUAAAUGGUAUAACCAGUCCACCACGGGAACAGCUCCUUCUCGAACCCAAUUCUGCGCUGUUGUCCAACGCGAUGAAGCCUCCCCGACGUCAUACUUAUCAAUUUUGUCAUUCAAGCGGUACAAGGCUUCCUCAUUGAAUACUGGACGAAUUACCUUGGAUUGUGCUGCGUACGGCUCUCAGAUCUUCGGAGUUGGCGGAAGACUUGCCUGGGCCGAUGACAGUGGGGCAGGCUGCUAUGAUAUGCCCGCCUUCAUUUAUGAUGCUCAGUCUCAAACAGUCAAGGCUGAAUUUGACUCACCUUAUCCCUCCUCCUGGGCUGACCCAGGCCUCGGAAACCUUUUUUUAGUGGACCAAAACUCCACCAGCUCGACGAACUCUACAGCCAGUAAGAUCAAUAACUCGCACACGAGCAACAAACGCGCUAUCGCUGGUGGUGUUGUUGGGGGGUUGGUUGGCCUUGCGCUGAUAAUGGCCCUGAUUUAUUAUGCACGGCAACAUGCUAGGAAGAAGCGAGUUGAAAGCGAGGACCUGAAGAUCCCUCCGCGGACGAAAAUCGGCGAACUAGAGGAUAGUGUCAAAUGGUCAGAGCUGCGUACAAAGACAAACACCCGAACGGAGCUGCAUGAGCGUUUCGUCGAGCGAUACGAAUUUCAAGAUAAUCCUGUUAGGCGAUAUGAAUUACACUAG